UCUAGUGUUGUUUUUUUAUCUUUGGUCUAUGUCUUCCAUUUUCAAACAUCUGAAUGCCAAACAGUCAACUACGGACAAAGUUGCACGCAGCAAUAACCACCACCACCGCAGCUUCCAACAUUGUCAUAGCAAACAUAAGAUCAAAAUCUUCGAGCACAUUCAAAGCACAACACACCAAUCUACCUUGUACAUGUGAUCUGAUUGAUUGAUUGAUUGAUUGAUUCACCUCUCUCUCUUGCUGAGUUUCUUAGCUUAUUGGAACUUUGAAGGCAACUUGUGUUGACACCAUAUCCAUUCAUUCUUAGAUCCUUGUGAUACCCUUUUGGCUCAUCGUUCUGAUUGAAAGAGUUCAACUUUGGAACUUGGUGCUUGAGGGGAUAAUCAAAGGUGUGAUCUUCUGAGUUCUUGUUUUUAACAUCAGAAGAGGCUUCUAGAAGCUGAGGUGAUGGUGAUGAAGGAGAGAGAUGAGGAACUUGCCUUGUUCCUUGAGAUGAGGAGGAAGGAGAAGGAGAAUGAGAAGAACAACCUGCUCUUUCUCCAAGACUCUGAGGAACUUGAUUUGUCCAAUUUGGAAUCCAAUAGAGAGAACUCUACCAUUCCUAAGAUCGUAUCUUCAGUGCCUCCUAGGAAGACUGGGGUUGAAGAGUUCUUGAAUUCGGAGAAUGAUAAGUCUGAUUAUGAUUGGCUUCUUUCGCCGCCAGAUGCUCCUCUUUUUCCAACUCUUGAAAAGGAACCACAUAUAUCAGUAAAGAGCGAAGCAGAGAUUCAUAAAACUCGUCCAACGGCAUUAAAGCCAAGGGUUUCUAAUAUCCAAGUAGAACCUAGUUCAAGAACCAAGUCCAAUAUAGUCACUAAGAAUAAUGUAACAAUGCCAGGGCAUGGUUCUUCCACCACUAGUAACAAAAAGCCUUCCUCAUCUGGGCCUCCAUCCUCGGCUUCCUCGAGGUCUUCAACGCCCUCUAGAAGGUCAACAUUACCUUCUACUACUAAAACCUCUAGGCCUUCCACACCUUCCUCCAGGCCCACCUUAACAUCUGCAAAGCCUGCAGCUCCAUCACUGAGAUCAUCCACGCCUACUACCCGAUCCACUUCCAGGGCCUCAACACCUACUUCAAGAUCUUCUUCGACAGCUCCUAAGGCUUCUCAAAGAUCAGCAACACCUAAUCUUAGAUCAUCAACCCCAUCAAGGACACUUGGUGUGUCUGCUCCUCCGACUAGGCCUUCUUCUGCUUCAAAAGCACGCCCUGCAGCUGCAAAGAAUCCAGCUCAAUCGCGUGGUAUCUCACCAUCAGUUAAGUCUAGACCUUGGGAGCCUUCACAAAUGCCUGGAUUUUCUCAUGAUGCUCCUCCGAAUUUGAAAACAUCGUUGCCUGAAAGGCCGGCUUCAGUCACGAGGAGUAGGCCUGGAGCACCUAGCUCCAGACCACCAUCAUCUUCUGGCGAGGCUACCAGCAAUGAAAAGCCUAGAAGGCAGUCAAGCGCGCCGUCCAAGGGGCGGCCUUCAACUGGGUCUGCCUAUAGUGGUCAGAGCUCCUUGCAUGCUUUGAGUAGAGCUCGUUUCACUGAUGGCGACGAAGAUAGCCCGGUUGUCAUUGGGACAAAAAUGGUUGAAAGAGUUGUGAACAUGAGAAAAUUGGCACCUCCUAAGAAUGUUGAUCAUCACUCUGCCAACAACAAUUCUAAUGGAAAAUCUUCCUCUGGUAGCUCUGGAUUUGGAACUACACUCUCAAAGAAAUCUUUGGAUAUGGCAAUGAGGCACAUGGAUAUAAGACGAAGUUUUCAGGGAAAUAUACGGCCACACGUGACAAACAUUCCAGCCUCUUCCAUGUACAGCGUGAGAUCCGGUGGUUCCUUGAAGAGCAAGGCAGCUGGUGUUUCUGAUUCUCCCCUUGCCACAAGCAGCACAGCGAGCUCUGAACCGAUAUCUUGUGACGGAAGCGAGGUUGAAGAGAGCAAUAUUGGAAGCUAGAGGUGAAAUUCGCCAAGUGCUCUUGCCAUUUUAUUUUCUUUGCUGUAGAACAAGCGCCAGCGCAUUUUGUGGAAUCAUGUUCCUGGCAAAAUGUACUAAUGGUUGAGCCUCUCUUCUCUGUGGCACGAGGAUUGUUUGUACAAGACAUUUUACUUCAAAGUUUAAAUUGAUGAGCUCGUUCAAUUGUUUUAUUGAACACUAAA